AUGUCUCACAGAAAGUACGAAGCUCCACGUCACGGUCAUCUAGGUUUCUUGCCAAGAAAGAGAGCUGCCUCUGUCAGAGGUAGAGUUAAGUCCUUCCCAAAGGACGACAAGUCUAAGCCAGUUGCUUUGACCUCUUUCUUGGGUUACAAGGCUGGUAUGACCACCAUUGUCAGAGACUUGGACAGACCAGGUUCCAAGUUCCACAAGCGUGAGAUUGUUGAAGCUGUAACCGUCGUCGACACUCCUCCAGUUGUCGUCGUUGGUGUCGUCGGUUACGUUGAGACCCCAAGAGGUCUAAGAUCCUUGACCACUGUCUGGGCUGAACACUUGUCCGACGAGGUCAAGAGAAGAUUCUACAAGAACUGGUACAAGUCCAAGAAGAAGGCCUUCACCAAGUACUCUGCCAAGUACGCUCAAAACGGUGCUGAAAUCGAGAGAGAGUUGGCUAGAAUCAAGAAGUACGCCACUGUCGUCAGAGUCUUGGUCCACACCCAAGUCAGAAAGACCCCAUUGGUCCAAAAGAAGGCUCACUUGGCUGAAAUCCAAUUGAACGGUGGUUCCAUCUCCGAGAAGGUCGACUGGGCCCGUGAGCACUUCGAAAAGACUGUCUCUGUUGACUCUGUCUUCGAGCAAAACGAAAUGAUCGAUGCCAUUGCUGUCACCAAGGGUCACGGUUUCGAAGGUGUUACCCACAGAUGGGGUACCAAGAAGCUUCCAAGAAAGACCCACAGAGGUUUGAGAAAGGUUGCUUGUAUCGGUGCUUGGCAUCCAGCCCACGUUAUGUGGUCCGUCGCCAGAGCUGGUCAAAGAGGUUACCACCACAGAACCUCCAUCAACCACAAGAUCUACAGAAUCGGUAAGGGUGACGAUGAAGGUAACGCUGCUACCAACUUCGACAGAACCAAGAAGACCAUCAACCCAAUGGGUGGUUUCGUCCACUACGGUAUGGUCAACAACGACUUCGUCAUGGUCAAGGGUUCCAUCCCAGGUUGCAAGAAGAGAGUUGUCACCUUGAGAAAGUCCUUGUACACCAACACUUCCAGAAAGGCCGUCGAAGAAGUCACCUUGAAGUGGAUCGACACUGCUUCCAAGUUCGGUAAGGGUAGAUUCCAAACCCCAGCUGAAAAGCACGCCUUCAUGGGUACUUUGAAGAAGGAUUUGUAA